AUGCCUGCAGCUAGUUUAGAAUCAAUUUUAUCAAAUGUUAUAAAAGAGGAUUGUGCUAUAAAAAAUGUUUGGAAUCAUAAUCUUCACGAAGAAUUUCAUGUUAUUAGACAGAUUGUACAAAAGUACCACUGGGUGGCAAUGGAUACAGAGUUUCCAGGAGUAGUAGCAAGACCUAUAGGUGAAUUUAGGUCCACAGCUGCUUAUCAGUAUCAACUGCUAAGAUGCAAUGUGGACCUUUUGAGAAUUAUACAACUAGGUCUUACAUUUAUGGAUGAAAAUGGAAAAACACCACCAGGCUGUACUACCUGGCAAUUCAAUUUUAAGUUCAACUUACAACUUGUUUCCAGAGAAGAUAUGUAUGCUCAGGAUUCAAUUGAUUUGCUACAAAAUUCUGGACUUCAAUUCAGGGAUCAUGAGGAACAUGGCAUUGAACCUUUAGAAUUUGCAGAGCUUCUAAUGUCGUCAGGAAUAGUACUCAUGGACAACAUCAACUGGUUGAGUUUCCAUUCUGGAUAUGAUUUUGGUUACUUGUUGAAAAUCUUAACUGACCAAAAUCUGCCUCAAGAGGAGAAUGAUUUUUUUGACAGUCUUCGGUUGUAUUUUCCCACUGUUUAUGAUGUUAAAUAUUUAAUGAAACUAUGCAAAAACUUAAAAGGUGGACUACAAGAAGUUGCAGAUCAAUUGGAAUUGCGACGAGUAGGACCACAACAUCAAGCUGGCUCUGAUUCCCACCUAACAGGAAUGGCCUUUUUUAAAAUCAAGGAGAUUUUUUUUGAUGGCAACAUUGAAAGUACUAGUGGACAUUUAUAUGGGCUCGGAGCACCGUUUACUAGCAAUGUAAACAAUUUCCAAGAUAAUAUAGAAAAUGGCAAUUCACCCUGA